CCAUCGUCUCUUCGACCAGCUGAUCACCGCAUUCCAAAAGCUCUGUUAGACAUGGCAACUAACUUGGAAAACGGUAUGCAGAAUCUCACGAUCAAUGACGACUCGAACAAUACAGCAAGCAACGCUGAGAAGAAUGGCAAGCGGCGACGUCCACGGCCAGAAUUUCACAAGCGUCUCGAUCCCUCGCAUGCCGACAUACCCUUCGUGCCUGAGGCACACGACACCGCCACUCACCGCUACUGGCACUUCGGGUGGCCAGUCUCUGACGAGGCCGUGAACGAGAUCAUCGACAGAUAUACCCCCGACUACCUCGACGAGGAUCGAGAUGUCACUGACAAAUACCCGCACUUCAACGACCUCAUCGAAGGACUGUCAGGAUUGAAGCGGAUCCGGCUGGUCCUCGUUGAGCCUACGGAAGAUGUCUCGUGGCAGAGCCCGCUCGUUACUCAUGGCAGGAGGGCCGUCACCUUCUUUAUGGUAGUGUCGGAUUGCGGUGGUUACUUCUUCAGGAAGCGGCCUACGCAAAAGCAGAUGGCGAGGCUGGUUCGCAUCUUCGGCAAACAGCCAUGCUGGAUGAUGGAUGCGCUAGAGAAAAGCCAGUGGCACAAGUAUGGGCAUAGGAGGUAGCUAUGAGUAUUUGAUCUACUUGGGUAUAUUUCGAGGCAAUUUCGUGUGCAAGAAAGCCAUAUGUACCUUUGAACGCGACGAUGUCGAAGUUGAACUUGAG